AGCGAAAACUUCCAGAAUAUUUGAUAAAAAAUUUCGGCUUUUUGUACAUCAUGGACUGAUACAAAAAAACGCUUUACAUGUUUUAAACAUUAUGUAAGGUAAAACUUGGCUAUUUUGUAGAGUUAAUUGUAUAUGAACAAAACAGAUUAAGUUACUUUAUAGUACACUGAGACUAUAAAUAUUACUUAAUAAAUAUGGCAACAUCGCGAAAUUACAAAAAAAUCAAUGACAGCCGCAUCCGACGAAAUCAAGGAUAUAUUUUGUGAGCCCUGUGUUUGUGAUGGAAAACAGAUAGAAGCAGAAGGAUUCUGUGUGGACUGUUCAGAAUAUCUGUGUGGACAAUGUUAUAACCUUCACGGAAGAUUUAAAGCGUUCAAACACCAUGUGCUCCAGGAUAAGAAAAAUAUGCCUGUUGAUGUAGCAAGCACAGGUGUACUUGAUGUGUGCGUAGAAAAGUGUUCUAAACAUCCAACAAAGGUUACAGAAUACUUUUGUCGGUCAUGUGACACACUUGGAUGUAGUGCAUGCAUCACUACAAACCAUCGCCAAUGCCAACAUGUCGACCACGUACCGGACAUUGUUAUAGAUCUAGAAAACAACGAGGAAUUCAAAGAGUUUGCUGAAUACUUCGAUGAAAAACUUACGUUGCUAAAAGAAAGAAUAAAUAAAAUUAAUUCCAGAAAAACUGAAGCAGAGGAAAUGAGAAAGCAGGCAAAAGCAGAGCUAAAAAAGCAGCGUGAUAUGAUGAACAAAUUUUUCGACCAACUAGAAGAUAAAAUAAACAAGAAGAUAAUGGACAUUGACAAAAAUAACAAGGCUACAUUAAAAACAGCGUCAGACAGAUGUGUUAUCCUGAAUGAUGAACUAAACAAAAUGAAAACUGCCAUCGAGACAAACAGGAAAAAUGGACAAAAAUGUGAACUGUACAUGAAAAUGAAAAGAUCGAAACCGGAAAUUGAAAAGCUUGACGGUCAGCUUGAAAUGCUACAUGAAGACAGCAAAAUACAAAGAUAUAAACUAGUGCAAUCCGCACAGACAGAGGAAAUGAUGAAAAAUACAACUGAAAUAUGCAGAAUGUUAACUGCAAGACUUGUUUCAGAGACUGAUGUAAGCUCUUGCAAGACAAGGUAAAAC